AUGGCUGCAGCCACCCACAAGCCUAACAAUGCGCAUCUGCCACACUUCUUGAAACAGUCCCGAUCGCAGCUGCACCACAAAUUCGUCGAUCUAGAAUGGCAGCAACGCAAGCGCCUCCUCGAAGGCACGCAGAAGUCCGGGCAGAAUGGCGAGUCUGCUUCGCAAUGGUCGCGGCUCGAUAGCGAGCUUGUCAUGAAUCGGAAUCGAUACCUGAACGUCGAGCCGUUUGCUCAGAACCGCAUAAAGCUGAAGGUCGCCGAAGGUGUUUCCGAUUACAUCAAUGCGUCGCCAAUUCAGCUGGGAAAGAGAAGGUACAUCGCGACGCAAGGGCCUAAGGAUACGAGCGUGAACCACUUCUACCGUAUGGUCACGAGUGAAUUGAAGAGUCCGGCUGUGGUGGUCAUGCUCACCCAGACACACGAGGCAGGACGGGAAAAGUGCUUCCAGUAUUACCCGCUGAGUAAAGAGGAGUCGCCGUUGGUGAUUCAGCAAGAUGAGCUGAUAGGAGACGGAUUUGAGGCCGAGGUCGAGCUUGUACAUGUCAAGGCCGACGAUAAAACACGGAGUGAGCUACGGACGCUCAAAGUACGGACCAAAACGCAGGAUGGACAAACACAGGAGAAGGAGUUACGGCAUUUGCUCUUCGCCGGCUGGCCAGACUUCCUCGUGCCAGAAGGAGACGAUCGCAAUGCACUGGUCGAGCUUGUGCGACUCUCAGCGGCACUCAACCAGCCAGCCUCAACGAAAACCAACACCCACACGAACGGAUCCUCCUUCGCAGCUGAUCUUGCCUCUACCGAUGAAGAGAAUCCUCGCAUCAUUCACUGCUCAGCAGGUGUCGGACGCUCAGGAACCUUCAUCGCCCUCGACUACCUUCUCAGCUUAAUGUUCUCAGGACAGCUAGAUAAUCUCCCAGAAGGCAGCGAUCCGAUCGCGGAGACCGUGGAUAGCCUACGGCAGCAGCGCAUGAUGAUGGUGCAAGGAGAAUCGCAGUUCAACUUCCUGUACGAAGUGAUGCGGGAACAGAUGGCUGCGCGGGCACAAGGUGGGGUGAGAGAUACCGUGGCUGGUGCUGUGCAGAAUGGCAGACCGUAG